AUGGAGGCUCCACUUAUUUCGACAUUCGGGGCUCGCCUGGAGCAGUUUCCAAGCUCCACGGAGGACUAUGGGAGAAUAAGACACAGAGUGACCAACCGUCUGGCAAAGUUGCGUAAGGCGCUCAAAAUCCAAACCAAGGAUACCAAAAACUACAAAGACAAGGAAAAAAUCUCCACCAUUAGUGCCGAGAAUUAUGAGAUGGACACCAGAUUUGGAGACGUACUGCUUUACCUCACGGAAAGAGACUUGGUGUAUUUGGAAGAGCUGACCUAUGGCCAGGUGGAGUUCUCUAGAAGCACUAAGAAACUUGUUAUUUCCAAACUGAAAAAAGCUCGCCAAAGCAUAAAACACCUACUUUCGCUUCUUGAGAACGAGAAAGACGACUUAAAGCUUCUUGAGGUCUACAUCCUUGCAUGCUACAUCGAGGGCCGUUUGGCUUUCAACCGUAGCAAGUGGACCGAAGCUUCUUAUUCGUUGUCAGUUGGAAGAUGCGCCUUGCAAUAUUUGGCUUCGUUACAAUCGUCGGACCUUUACACUCAAAUCAUCGAAGGAUACAUCGAUUCUGAGUUGAAGAUUUGCGCCUUGAAACUGGAAGACGACAGGAACCCUGAUCUUUUGCAAUUUUCCAAGACCUAUGCUUCGAAAAACACCGUUCCGUACCUCUCGAAAGCAAUUGAUAUUGUCAAGUCCAAAGACGAGGACUUUUUGAACCCAAUUUCCAAAACAACUCUGGUCGAUUCUGUCCAAUGGUAUGAGUUCAGUGCACCUGUUGGUGACUUAGAUUUGGCAAGGGCCAUAACCAAAGCUCAACAGGAAGAGAAGAGCGUUGUGGAGUCCGAUCCAGCUUCGUUUGACAAAUCGUUCUUGCUUUGGACAGAUGCUUCCAAUUCCCACAAAAGCUCCCUGAAGACAGGAAUUGACUCUUACGACGAAGAUAAUCAAGACAAGUAUGUGAUCAUGACAUACAUCGACUACCACCAACUUCUGUUGAGAAUUAGAAGAAACAUUUCGUUGUUGAAGAAAGUUGAUGUCAAGUUGGAGAAAUCCAAGAGUUCUUCCAAGACUAGUUUCCUUGAAAAUGCAAAGGAGUCUCUCAAGCUAUAUGACGACGUGAUUUCGUCUUUCAAGGAACUGAAGGAGCUGUCUGGUGUUGCGCACAACGAGAGUCUUUACUCGUCUCUGACAUCUCUUCAAGACUACUUUAUUGCCUUGAAGACCUACAAGAUCGCCAAGGCAUACUUGAUUUCCAACAAGUACACCGAGAGUCUUGCGUUGUUGAACAACGUGGUUGAGGUGACACAGGAAAUCAAGCCCCUGGAAGAAGAGUUUGAAGGAGGCAUCCCAAGCAACUCUGAUUUGGACGCUUUCAAGGCCGAAUCUAAGACUGCUUUAACUCAGGUCCAUGUGUUGGGAGUUUACUCCUCCAAACAGACCAAGAAUUCUGUUUCGAGCGAUUACCUGAUCGACAACGUGGAUCAGUUCCCAGAGUUGUCCAACGAGCACAUCCUCACAAAAAUAGCCGAUCUCAGCGCAGGUCUCAAACCUGUUGGUGUCAAGCCUGUCUUAUUCGAUGUUGCUUUCAACUACAUAGACUACAACUCGACCACGUCAGGCAAUGCCGGAGAGUCUGACCAGAAGAAGGCCGGUUUCUUUGGAUUGUUUGGACGCUAA